AUGGCACCCUGCAAACCACAGACUUACACCGCGGGUGAGGACCCGUUGACAAAAUUUGAGGGUGCCAUCUCUAUGGGCACAAUGCCCACACCCCCAGGCCGCCAAUUUCUCUUCCACGGCUUCAUGCGCCCCAGCCUUGGAAUCUACAAAAAAUUGAUUUCCAACGGCCAAAAGCCACCCACGCACUUCCAUCCCAGCCAAUGGGAGUUCUUCCGCGUGCUCAACGGAAAUCUGACAGUUGAUCUAAAUGGCGUUCCCAGACAUGUCACAAAAGAGGAUGGAGAAAUUGCUGUGGCACCAUAUACGCACCAUGUAAUAUACGGAACUCCAGGGACCGACCAUAAUGAGGUUGAGUUUGAAGUGAGUGCGACCACCUCCGAGGAUCCGACCGAUCAGAUGUUCUUUGAGAAUUGGUAUGGGUAUCAAGAAGAUGUUUUCCAGCGGGGUGAGAAGUUAGAUUUUAUUCAGGUCUUGGCGAUGUUCGACGCUGGAUCCACAUAUCUCUCUCCGCCAUGGUGGAUCCCAUUUAGAUGUUUCCUAUCCCUGUGGCUUCAUAUCAUUGUUGGCCGAUGGAUUGGUGGGUUGUUGGGAUAUGCGCCGUAUUAUCCCGAGUGGACGACUGAUUGGGAUGCGGCUUGUGAUCAGAUGGAAAAAAGCUGGUUCCAGAGGAAGUUUGCAGUGAGAGAUGCCCAGAUCAAAGCUAGAGAGAAUAUGGCGAAGAAGUUAGGUAAUGGUAAGGCGCUGUGA